AUGGAUAAAAAAGUGCACUACAUGAAAGCGGCAUUGAUACCACUAGUAGCCAGUAUAAUUUGCGCCGUGGCAUACGGUAUUCUUAUUAACACCAUUCGGAGAAGCUCUGUGCAUCUGCGGCAUCGGGACACACGAAUGAAUAUCCAAGUGGUUGGGCUGUUGGUCGCCCUGCUCUGUACUUGUAUACAUUUUUGUAUACAGUAUACAUUCAAUAUCUUGGAAGUAAGUUCAUUUAUUCUGCGAUUUCUAAUGGUGAAAACGUGGGCAAUCGCGGUAGAGGAUCAAUGA